AUGACUCCUCUUGUGGGACCAGGAGCCGCUAUAGGUAAGAACUGGGACGCUAUUGAAGAUACGGAUCAGACAACAGCAAGUGGGGACCAAAGCAAUGGACUUCCUGAAAUUGGAAGCUUUGUGCUUUACAAGAUCGAACCCCCACUGAAAGAAAAGGAAGACUUCGAUGAAUGGUACGAUACAGUGACCAGAAUUCUCGAGGGACACAGUCUUCAUCGGUUAAUCGACAAGAACAUCGAGAGACCAGACACAGAUUCAGAAGACGCUGAGAAAUGGAUGAAGCUUAGCAUACAAGUGAGAGCAUGGCUUCGACACAGCAUUGAUUCAGACGUCGUAAAAGACAUUACUUCGACAGGACAACGUACAAAAUGGGCGGAUGACUUUAUGUAUCAGUGCAAAUUACAAAUGCGGGGUGAAGGACAUGGAGCUCUUGGUGCCGCAAUGUUACGAUUCCUACGAACGAAGAGAGAUGAAUUUUCGACAAACAGCGAGUUUAUUACAGGUCUGAAGUCACGAUACAUCACCGCCAAUGAAUUGAAAGCGGGACUUUCUCCAUAUCUAGCUAUUGUGAUGAUGGUUGAUCAACUACAGGAGAUACCAGAACUCCGUGCAUCGAUCGACAUCAAAGAAAAUGAGCUAAAAACAAUCAAGGACCCAGCAACAACGAUGACAGUCAGUGACUUCUUCACAUAUUGCAAAGAUAUGCUGGACAAGAUCAAGAGGCUAGGUCUAGAUGGGGGUGUUGGAGCAAGCAGUACACGGAGUCAUCAAUCUGGUCAACCAAAGAACCAGAAAAAGACCGAUAACAAUUCCUACAAAAAGGGUAGAUUGAUGAAUGCUCCACCACCAGGAAAACAUGCUAGAGACCAUGUUAAGGAGUGGAAGAACCACAAGACACAGAGAUCAACAAAUGGAGCAUGUUCCUACUGUGGCACAACAGGACAUGACGCUAAAGAUUGCUACCAUUUAACACCAGAGAGUAGGCCUUCCGGUUGGAAACCAAAGCCUGGCCUAUGGUAUUACAAGACAUACAAGGAGUUCAAAGAGGAUAGGAGCCAGCAAUUUACUGGGAAACCUACUGAACGCACCAAACAAGCAAAUUUCGACGCUGUUGCUACCUCAGCUAUAGCAACAGAUGAUGAUUUGGGAUACGAUUUCGGUGAAAUGGCAGUUGCAACUGAUGAUAGGGAGGUUGAUGAAGAAUUCACAAUAGAACAAAGGAAAGGCAUCGUUGGAACAGCUGUUACACUAACAACUACCCGCCAACUUCGAUCAGGCAUUGACUGGAUACUGGAUUCAGGUUCUUCAUGGCAUAUCUGCACCAACAAGAAUCUCUUUGUGACAUACACACCAUACAAAGAAGGGACAGGAUCUGCCUGGGAUACGAGUGAUGGAAAAGGAGCUGUCGCCGAAGGACAUGGAGAUAUUAUCCUUCCAAUCAGAAGACCUAAAGGUGGACGAUGUGAACUUCGAAUUCAUUGUGAAUACAAACCAGGGAACAGAUUCAACCUUCUCGGUCUCUUAAGGGUCAAAAGAGAACAAGGGAUCAGAUGGAACGAUGAAGACAUGCUCCUAACACAGGACAACAAAGCGAUAGGAUACACCUUUAUUGCAAAGGAGGUACCAUUCAUUGAGCUUUUUGAUGAGCCGAAUCCUGUCCAAUACAGGGCUCAGUAUGGAGUUGGAUACAUAGAAGAAUAG